AUGAUAACUAUCGAUAGAAAAUCCUAUUAUGUUCUUGGAACAGGAAUAUUUUUUUUUCUUAGCGGUGUUAUUCUUGUUUUAUUGUGGCCUAUAGUUUUUAAUAGUUUUUGGGAAAAAGUUUUAGUUUUAAAUCCGGACUCUGAAUCGUAUAAACUAUGGAUAAAAACACCUAUGCCUCUAUUUCUGGAAAUUUAUUUAUUCAACUGGACUAACUCUGAGGAAUUUUUAAAAAAUAAAACAAUAAAACCUGAUUUUUCAGAGGUAGGACCUUUUGUUUUCCAAGAAAUUCAUGAAAAAUUAAAUAUUUCAUGGAACGAUGAUAAUACUGUAACCUACAAUCAGAAGAGAACGUGGUAUUUUAUACCUGAAAAAUCAGUUGAUCUCUUAGUUCCAAUAACCAACCUCAAUGUUGUAGUUUAUACCAUAGCAAAAAAAGCUUCUAACUUAAAUAUUUUAAAAAAAGAAUUGAUAAAUUUUUUAAUAUAUAAAUACAAGGAAGGAUUAAUAAUACAAAAGCCAGCAAAGCAGUGGUUAUUUGAAGGAAUCAACGAUAGUUUGUUAAAUUUUAUUAAUAAAAUAAAUCCUAAAUUAAGUCCAUAUGAUAAAUUUGGUUGGUUUUAUGGGAGAAAUGAAUCAUCAACUUAUGAUGGCCUAUUUAAUGUAAAAACAGGGAGUGAUGAUAUACACAACCUUGGUGUGAUUAAUAAAUGGAACAAUGAACAUCAAACUAAAUUUUUUGAUGGAAAUUGUGGUAUUGUACAAGGGUCAACAAGCGAACUGUUUCCUCCUUUGAAUAAUUCACAAGGAGAUUUAAAUCUUUUUAUUUCUGAUUUUUGCAGUCCAGUAUCAUUAACUAAAUCUGGCACAACUGUGAUCAGUGAUUUGGAAGGAUAUUAUUAUACAGGGAAUGAAAAUGUUUUCGAUAAUGGGAGUUCAUUUCCAAAUUCUAAAUGUUACUGCAGUGAAGAAUGUAGUCCAAGUGGAGUAAGAAAUGAAACAUUAUGUAAAGGAGCACCUGUAUUCCUGUCUUUCCCACAUUUUUAUCUAGCUGAUUCAUCUUAUGUGAAUUCAGUGACUGGGUUAAGUCCCAACAAAAGCAAACAUGAACUUUACAUGAUUAUUAAUCCAUUAACUGGACUACCGUUAGAUGUAAGAGCUCAAUUUCAAAUAAAUAUCUUGCUUGAAUCUCUACCCUUGUUUUCAAUGUUUUUUAAUUUACCAAAAAUUUAUUUGCCUAUGAUGUGGUUUAGGCAAAAAAUAGAACUUCCUGAAAAAUUGGUAUCAAUGGGAAAAGCUUUGCAAUUUUCGAAAAAUUUAGGCUACGGAAUGGGUUUUACCAUAUCCUUGUUUGGAUUUUUAAUGGCAAUAAUCAGAAUGAUGUAUAUAAGUUUUAAAAAAACAUGA